AUGCAGCGCCACUUCGGUAUACUCGUCAUCGUUGCAAAAGCCAAUGAAUUAACCAAGGAACCACAAAUUUCCGGUAAAACGAACAGGAAGGCCCACACUCGGCACCAUAAAAAUAACGUACAACUGUGCCAGUCGUUCAACCUAACCACGCUACCGGAUUCGGUUGACUGGCGGCAGAAGGGCUACGUCACACCGGUGAAAAAUCAGGGACAAUGUGCCCCCUCGCUAUAUUUCACAAUAACCGGAGCAGUGGAAGGACAGUGGUUUAAGAAAACCAAAAACCUGAUUCCAUUAAGCGAGCAGAAUCUUAUGGAUUGCUGUGGAACACCCCAAACUGGAUGCGAAGGUGGAAGCUCUUGCUCUAUAGAUGAAGCAUACAACUACAUCGUCAAAAACGGCAUUGAGAGCCUGCAGGACUAUCCUGACGAUGGAGGCACCGGUAAAUGCCAAUACGAUCCUUCCAAGCAGGCGGCUAUCAUCAGUGGCUACCAGAUGAUUGGUGCAACGGAGACGGAACUGAAAGCUGCAGUGGCCAAUAUCGGACCAGUUACGGCACUCAUCGAUGCCAAAGCGGCUUUCCUGCAGUAUUCUUCCGGGGUCUUCUACGAUCCCACCUGCAGUUCGGACAGUCCUAACACGGCCGUGCUGAUUGUGGGGUAUGGGACGGAUACUACAGGUGGCGACUACUGGAUCGUGAAGAAUUCCUGGGGUACCAGCUGGGGCAUGGACGGGUACAUUUUGAUGGCCAGGAACAAGAAUAACAAUUGCGGAAUUGCAUCGUCGACAACAUUCCCCUACUACACGUGCUAAAGAUCCUAAUCCUGGAUGCACAUUGUUUAAGCAAUCAGCGCGGUGCCGGCUUAUACCAAAAAAGGAUACGAAUAUAUACGGAAUUCGAAAUGCUGCAUAGCUUAUUUCUGCAGUUUCUUGCUAAAUGACUUUACAAAUACCUGUGUGAAAAUGAAACUCGUUUUAACGUUUACCAUCGAAUGAUCAUAGACAGAAAACUGAUUGACAUUUGAAAGAGAUUCUCGUUGGAAAAUUGACAGUUCGAGG